AUGCAUCCAGGAUCCAUGGAUCUGGACGGGAAGGGCAUGUUGCCGACGGCCAUGGUGAGACGGUUUAGCACGGCAUCUGUGAAGGCAACGCCAACAGCAGAGCCAGAAGAUGAACUGGACAGACGGAGACCGCAGCUGAAAAAGUCGAAAUCCUGGGCCGAUGGUCUGGCGCCUCCGCCUCCUCCAGUGCCGAAGCUCGCCAUACCAAUUCGUCCGAAGUCCAGCAGCUCUCGGAGAAUAGAGCCUUCGCAGGAUGCUUUCAUCAACAGCGACGAUCCUGCAGGUGAUUCAUCACCUAAAGCUAAGGAAAAAACCAAAAAAAGUAUGCUGCCGUCCUGGAUGAGACAUUUGAUUGACAAGGCAAAUGACAUCAUGCGCCCUGCAGCCAAAGAGUACUUCCGGGACACAACAGACUACACAAAGAGACUUGGUCUCGAUCGAUCCGAAGUUGAGGGCCUCAUGCAGUCUGGCAUGCAGGCCCGGCGGAACUCGCUAACUCCAGCAGCGCGCCUGCCUCGCAGCCGAACGGUGGCCUCCUUCGAUUCGCAGGAAUCCUUGCCGCCUUCGCGCCAAGCUGUCGACAUGCCUUCGGAUCAGAAGGUUCGCAGGGACUCCCAUGUCGGAGCAUCAAGUCGCCGAAUGUCGUCAACACCGGCGCCACGAAUCAUUCGCAGCCGCACAGUGGCAUCACUGGCGACUCUGGAUUCUCAGGAUCUCAAGAGCCUGCAGAAGGACGCCCGGCGCGUUCGUCGCCAGCGCGGAGGUUCCGACAGAUA